AUGACUUUUCAUUCAUUCACUCCUACUGUCAAAAAAGUUAUAACUUUGCUGAUGUUCUAACGAUAAAUGUUUUUACUUUAUUGUCGUACUGCAUUCCCACGCUUUUACUUAUUUACACAAAGCAAUAACAAUCGAGUAAUUAAUUAAGUUGACAAAUAAAUCAAUAACAUUGUGAACUUUAGUGGCAAAACAUUUGAGAUAAAUGGUGAUUUACAUCGGCUGUAGUGAAUUAAUCAGCUGAAUCAUAAUGAAAGCGCCUUUUAAAUAACUGGAAGUAGGUGAAGUGUGAAGAAUAACAUUGAAUUGUACGAAGUAGUGCGUUCCUGUUGUGUUGGAGAUGACGGAUAGUACCUUCGUUGCGAAGCCGGCGCGGGGUUGGCUGCACCCCGACUCAGUGCUCGCCAGCGAUGGGAUCACAUACGCAGUCAGAUACAUAGGGUGCAUGGAGGUUCUAACAUCAAUGAAGAAACUGGACUUUGAAACAAGAUCUCAAGUAGCAAAGGAAUGUAUUGCGAGGGUGUGUGCAGCUGCUGGUUUGAGGUCAGCAGACAAGAAGCGAAGAGUCUGUCAGGCUGCAGUGAGAGCAUUAGCCGCACGUCCACGGAUGGCACAUUCUGGUGCCAAUGUAGCACUGACCAUAUCAUCUAAAGCAAUAACUUUAGCGGCACUUGAAGGUGGAGAGACAAUAGCUCGUCACGAUAUGCCUCGAGUGUCAUUCGCCUCAGGAGGGGAUACAGACUCUUUAGACUUUGUAGCUUAUGUAGCCAAGUCAGUGCCCCCCGCUGAAUGGAGGGCAUGUUACGUACUAGAGUGUGGAGGUAGACUAGCACAAGAUGUCAUAGCAACCAUAGGACAAGCAUUUGAACUCCGUUUUAAAGAAUUUUUGACGAAACCCUCAUCGUUAAAUUUAAACGGAGGUCGCGUGCUAUGCGGCGCUGCGUCGGGCGGGGGCAGCGUGGCGCCGGACGACCGGGAGUACUACAACGACAUGCCAGACAAGACGCCGCCGGAGACCACCACCUCGUACAGACAUCCCCCGCCCCCGCCUCUAGCGUCACUCGCCUCCCUAGCUCCUAUAUCUUCGUGUGAGGAGAGUGUGAGGCAUUACGUGAACCAAACCCCUCCGCCCCGCACCCCUCCUACCGCUUUGCUGCCAAAUCAUCACACCGACAUCUUCGAUAUGCAACCGUUCACAGCAGCGCCAGUAACCUCAUCGUCAGCAGCAUCUUCAUCAUCGACGGCUUCAGUAUCGUCGCCUAACGACGUGCCCGCGGAGCCACUGUCUGCGCAGGCGCAGGCCGCCUUACUGGCCCGGGAACCGUGGUUCCACGGACCUAUAUCGAGAACUACAGCUGAAAAGCUAGUGGUAGAGGACGGCGAGUUUCUCGUACGUGAGUCGGCGGCGUGUCCUGGCCAGUUCGUUCUGACUGGAGCCAGGAAAGGUAGCCACAAGCACUUGCUACUUGUCGACCCGAAUGGAGUGGUACGAACCAAGGAUCGAGUGUUUGAAAGUGUACCGCAUCUAAUUAAAUACCACUGUAGCAACGAGCUCCCAAUCGUCUCCGCUGACUCUGCGCUGUUACUGCGCAAACCCGUGCUAAGGGACGGCGCGUCAUGAGGCCUACCUACACCCACUGACACCAGACUCGACAUUACACCGCACUUACGACUCAAAACUUCCAUCUUUGUAUGACUGAAGUUAUAAGUCACGCUGUAAUGCAAUGAGACGAUCAGUAGGAAUUGAUAGAGCUUAACAAAAGCAAUAGUUUACGGGAUCACCUUACUUUAGC